UCAGAACUAUACAGCGCGAUGGAAGGUCUUCUAUUAUAUGACACUUUGCAUUUAUAGUAAUUAUUUACAUUUAAGUACGCGUAUUUAAAAUACGCACAAUGAGACAAAAUUAAAGUAUAAAAGUGAAAUAAAAUCGUUUGAUAUAUCUAUCCCCGUGGCAUUCUUUACCAGCUUUCACCUUACUCCACAUACGAAUAAAAUUUUUGCAAGGUGAUUUUCUGAGUAAUUGACGCAUUUCGGACAUCCCAUUUUUACAAAUUUUAUAAAUGGAAAAUAAAUGCAAACGUGAAAAUAAAGACACAAACAUGAAUUUUACAUUAGAGGAAAAGAUCGAGGAAGUAGAGCGAAAAGAACCUUUCUGGGUUUUCGGGUAUGGGUCCCUUUGCUGGAAUCCAGGAUUCGAAUAUCAGAAAUCGGUUACUGGUUAUAUAAAAGGAUUUUCUAGAAGAUUUUGGCAAGGCAAUACUACACACAGAGGAACGGAAUCGAAGCCCGGACGCGUCGCUACUCUCGUUGAAGAUAAGGAGGGAGUAACUUGGGGCAAAGCUUUCUUAAUAGCAGCAGAGGACAAAGCUGCUCUGCCGUAUCUAUCUACAAGAGAAUGCCAACUUGGGGGAUACAGAAUUUAUACAGUCAAUUUUCAUCCCAAACCUUCAUUCUUCGAACCAGUCAAUGACAAUCAAAAUUUCACGGAAAAAAGGAAAGCUCUCCUUUAUAUCGCAGUGCCGGAAAAUAAGCAUUGGCUGGGAGCUGCCCCUCUGUCAGAUAUAGCAAAACAAAUCUUAGAAUGCCAAGGUCCAUCAGGAACGAAUGUAGAAUACCUUUUGAGGUUAGCUAACUUUAUGCGGGAUGAAGUUCCGGAAGCAUUGGACGAACAUUUAUUUUCUUUGGAAAGACUAGUUAAAAAUUUUGCCGCUGACAUGAGGAUAUGCUUGAGAACUAUAAUGGGUGAAAAUAAGAAAGUCGAAGAGAAUAAACCUGAGCCACAGGCAGUCGCUCCAAGUCUCCAAUUCGCAUCUAGAAUUCCUACCAAGAAAUUACGUUGCGUUAAUAUGUGAUUUGUCAAUUGCCUGAAAGGUGUUAAAAUCUUCGAAAUCGGAAUGAAAUGAGUCAACGGUAUAAUCUAGCCAUGACUUUAAAAUGUAUACCAAUUAUAAAAUAUUAGCUUCAUGUGGUUGAAAUUGUGAGAAGCCUUAAGUUACCGAAAUAGCUUUGACUAGUUUUGGUACUUUUUUAUUGACUGUACGUAUAUUAUGAUUGUGAUAAUUUUAUGCUUAAUGACGAUAAGAUCGUCUUUGUAUUGUUAACAGUAACCUUGUAAAUGAUAUGACAUUGAUUUCAAAAUAUAACCCUUGUUAUGAUUUGAUGGUGACUGAGCUUUAUGACAUUCUGGCAAAAUUGAUGUAUGAAAUGAUAAACUAAAACGAUUUAAUUGUGUUUUAUGUUCAUUAUAUACUUCAUAUCUAUAUUUUUAACAAUUGGAAGGUAAUUUUUAAAUAUUUACUAACUCAAAAGAUUUUUAUUGUAUUUGCUACUUUUUUCGCUAAAAAAAUGCAUUUUAUUGAAGUUAAUCAUAGCUAGCUUAUUUUUAGAUCUAAAAAAAGAAGUAUUAUGUUAUGAAUCUUUAACUGUAUAUGUUAAGCUUUUAUUAAUUUUAAAUUUAUUUUAUUUAUAGAAUAGUCUCUGAAAUAUUUUUUUUAUGACGCCUUGUCACAUGAAUCAAAAUUGUAAUAUACAUAAUUGAAAAAGUGAUAAAUAAUAUAUAAAGCGAUUUAAUAGUUUUUUUAAGAAUUUUGUAUAAGUGUCUAUGUAAGAUUCAGCCAUGUAUUAUAUUGACAAAACAUAAAAAAUAAAACAAGUAACACA